CGCCAAGAUGAUACCGAGUUGUCAGUGCCACAGUACGUUCGCCCUCGGUUCGCUGAGUAGCAAUUGUAGCAGAUCGGGAGAUUCGCCACGCCUAUUCCACGUGGCAUCUGCCCACCGCUGCGCGCACACGGGGGGAGGAUGUUAAAGUUGUUUGUAGCAGUCUAUGAAUCCAUGAGUCAGUACUGCCGCAUCGUCCUGAGCUGUGCUCUCUCGCAGUCAACGAUGGAAAUGGCUCCCAUUUCGGUUGCUUCAAUGCGUCCUAGCUGCAAAGAUCAGUCAUUUUGCACGCGUUCGCCCUCCGUUCGCGGCCAUGCUGUGCGAUCCAUUUGGUCAAGUUCGGGAACGGACGAUACAUAUAAGCUCGAAGUAUCACCUAAAUUCACAACACUUCUAUAUCUCUUCCGAUACUCUGCGGGAUCAAGCGGCUCGUGGAAUAUCGGAGAAUCAUCUGCAUACAAUGCAUCUUAUGCUCAGCACACUGCGGCACCUACCAAUGCUCGACCCCAUAUUGAUGCAGCAAUCAUCGAGGAUGAUCUACCCGUCCCAAAUUUCGACGUUGCAGGGGAGCCAUUGUAUCUGGCGAGAUGCGAGUGGGGCCUUUGUAACAUUGGGCUGGACGACACCUCUCCUUCCGGGAUCAUGCGCCACCUGCGGGAAUGGCAUUUCAACAGUCCCGAAAGACCGUUUCACAAGAAACGCAGGGACUACUGCCAAUGGGCGGGCGGCUGCGGCAAAGAAAUGGCCCACGCCAGCUUCGGCAAGCACGUCUCCUACGUGCACCUGCGGCACAGCGUGCAAUGCCCGCACUGUCAUCGAGACAUUGGCAGGCCCGGGCUUCUGCCGCUCCAUAUCCAGAGAUAUUGCAGGCGUGCCCCAAGAGACGAGCGUGACACACGGUGAGCAUGCCCCUUAAUUGUGCGUGCUUCUCUGACGAGACACGUAGGCGCGAAUGGCGGCCAUAGUCUCGCUGACAAACAACGCGUCCGUGUCUGCA